GUCACUGUGGAAGUGGGUCCCGUGGUUAAACAGAGCCGUCUUCCAGAUGCCACAGACAACUUGGCUAGUCGAGCCGCGCUAAAUACUCGCUACUAUCUCAAGCAUAAUCGAAGCCAAGAGCCUUUGGUGGCUGAUGAGGUAGCUAGGGGAAUCCUUGCCGAUAGCAGAGUCGCUCUUCUUCAGUUAACUCCAGAGGAGCUGGCUGUUCGCCUGACUCUGGAUGACUACGAGGUGUUUCGAACUGUCACUUCAACUGAAUACAUCGAUGAAGUAUUCGGAAUCAGCACUGCUUUUGCUGAAGCUACUGCGGCUGCCACGACAGCAGCUACUGCAAAUGCAGUAGCUGUAACAAUUAACUCUGCAUCGGGCACAGUCGCUUCCUCUUUAUCUACUGAUUCGGGAGUUGAGCUGAGUCCACCCACUUCCCUUAGCACCACGGCAUCUACCUCGACCACCAGCAGCAACGCUUCUAUAACAAGUGGCAGCAUAAAUAGCUUGGGCCCGAACUUUGCUCCUGCAGGCUGCAUAACUCCUCAUAUUCAAGGAACAACCUGCUCUCUCAAUACUCUUGGCCUCGGCUACCCAACGGGCCACGCAAAUCUAGAUCGGCUUACAGAACUUGUUAACAGGGAGGCCUACUGGGCCCCUACUGAACUCUGUACGGAGCCCCAGCUGGGCAAGCGAGUUGAGCUACUAAAGAAGUUUAUCAAGGUGAUCACGAACAUUCGUUAUUCUUGCUUUCCCUUUUCUCCUUUCUUUGAAGCCCCUUUAUAA